AAGUUGAAUUGUGUUUGUGGGCGGUACUAUGGCUGACUAGCAGUUUAGCAGGAAGACGGAGCGGAGAGCUCUCAUCAUCCUGCCGUAGAAUGGACACUUUCCUCGGCUUUGAUCUAAGCGUCAGAACGCUGGCAGAGUCCGAGGAAAAUCAAUGAAGAAUUCUCCGCAUUUCCAGCCUCUAGAUUAGGGGUUAUUUCAAAAUCAAAAUGUGGAGAUUUGGAAGGCCAUCGGGAACGGAAGUGUUAAGAUGGAGAUGCCAAGGGUCAUCAAGAGAUGUCUGCUGCAAACUUCACACCAGGGCUCUUGAAACAACUUUUAACUUAAGCCUCCGAUCAGAUGGCAUCUGCGGUACCAUAAAACGACGUCACUUGUCAUUCCCAAACAAGACAACAAGCUCUUAUAGAAAUACAUGGAGAGAACUGAGAACGUCUAUGUGCUAUUCCAUCUCUGGAUUGAACUCCAGGUUCUUUUGUACCUAUGAGCCCGUCACAGAUCCCAUUGAGAUCCACAAACAGAAGUUGGCAUUAUGGUUCAGUCACCUUCCUCAAGAGGAGAGGCAGUUCGGUGGCUACUUUUCUCCCGAAACUAUGCAUGUGGAGCCACUUAUCCUAGAGCGUCAUCCUGAUGAGGAUAAAGGCCUUAGUCCCUUCAAGGCAAAGGAAAGCGUAUCUAUACGUCCCUCUCUCACAGUUGAGCAGCUCUUUGACGCUAGCAUUAAUGCAAACAAGGCACGAGGACUAAAUGUUUUGCUAUAUGGGGCUGUCGGCACAGGGAAAAGUACUGUCGUCCGUAAACUGGUGCUGGAUUGGUGCGCUGGAUCUAUUUUCUCCCAGUUCAAACUUGUGUUGCCCUUCUCCUGUGAGGAUCUCUCCUAUUUGUCCAAAUCAACAUCCCUUCGCGACCUUGUAGGCAGGAAAUACAUGCACCUUCGCAAGACACCUUAUCUUAGUGGAGAUAAUGACAAGGCUAAGGAUGUCCUCUUCAUCUUCAACGGAAUGGAGAAAAUGAAGCUGGAUUUCCGUAUCGGCUCUACAGAGUUAUGCAGCGAUCCCAAUGAGGCUAUCCCAUCAGGAGCUGUUGUUGUUAAUCUUCUUAGGAAGUACCUGCUACCUGAGGCCAGCAUUCUGGUUACAACCAGACUAUCUGCCGUGGAUAGAGUUCCUAAAAAAUACAUAAAACGUUAUGUACAGAUCUGUGGCUUCAAUGAUCCUGAUCGCCAGAGAGCCUACUUCACCAGUAGGCUCUUGCAACAGAAUGGAGACAAGCCAGACAAGGCGGCCGAGAUGCUCAUAGAGAUGCUUUACCUAAAUCUACAGCGGGAGACUCAGUUAGCAACCGCCUGCUUCUUACCAUCUUACUGCUGGCUCACAUGCGCCACUCUUCAUUUGUUGCAUUUUACUGAUACGAAGGCACCGAUUCGAACCCUCACUGGCACUUACACCAGCUUCAUGAGGCUCAACUUCGGAGGAGAAGUGAUAACUCUGGAUGGAAGCGUCUCUUCACAAGAGCAACAGAACUCAUUAAUGCUCUAUGUGGUCCGUACUGUUGGUAAACUAGCUUUUGAUGGCAUCACCAACAAACGGACUUCGUUCUCCGACGAAGAACUGGAGCAGUGGGUAGGCGGCAAGACUAAAACGGACGAAGAGCUCCAGCAACUGGCGGUUUUUCGCACAGAUGUGCUUGACUUCUUUCUGGUGCCUCGUGACGAUCAUGGUGCAGAUCCCGAAUCUGGUGGUAGACGCUACGUGUUUGCUGUUCCUGCCAUGCAGGAAUAUCUAGCUGCUCUUUAUGUCGUUCUUGGCGAGAACAAAACCGUCCUGGAGAAGUUGACUAAGGAGGUUUCGGAGGCUUUGGGACAAGCCAGUGAGGACAUCACAAGCCUACUGAGCAUCCUCUCCAAACUCAUACCUUUCAGAAUCUUCGCCAUUUUCAACUUACUUAAAUUGUUCCCAAAACUCUUCGAGCGAGUCAGCAGCCUCAGCAAAGGGCGUAUCGCAAACACCAUGGCAGCAGAAAUGUUUCGUUCAGAGGACAGCUUCAAUGAAGAUGUCUUGGACCAGGUGGAGCAAAGUCUACUGGGAGUGCAUGGUCCACAGCCACAACAGGAAACCUACACCAGGGCGUUUGAACUCUACCCUAUCUUCAUGGGUGGACUACUUCAUUACGGGAACCGGAGGCUGUUAGAUCAGCUCGGAUGCAACAUCAAGAGUCAUACGGUUGCUCAGAUCACUCGUGCACUGAGAAGACACCUGAUCAAAGAGAGUCAGAAGAAGCAACCUCCUGAAGAACUCAUGGACCUUCUGGUCCUGCUGUAUGAGUUUCAAAACCCUCGACUCACAGCUGAAGUCCUACAGUCCAUCAAGACCAUCAACUUGUCCACCGUACGCAUGACGCCACACAAGUGCUUUGUGCUGAGCACCGUUCUGGGCUGCACACGCUCGAGCUUCCACCUGAAUGAGCUCAACCUCUCCUCCUGCCACAUCACUCCAGAGUUACUGCAGAUGCUCUGGCCAGCCUUCCAUCACACUAGCAACCUCAAUCUCCAGUUUAACAGCCUGGGCCCUGAGUCCUGCAUUCUACUGCGAGAUCUCCUGCUUGAGCCCAACUGUACUAUUAAGUCAUUACAGUUGUGUGACAACUACUUGUCUGACACCGGCAUCAGCUAUUUACUGGAAGCUCUGUCUGGUAACCACUCUCUGCAACAGCUGAGUCUGAUGCACACAGGCCUCGGCGACCAAUCGGCACAAAUGCUGGCUGAGAGACUGGGCCAGCAUGACAUGUUAAAGGAGCUGAACGUGGCCUACAACAACAUUGGAGACAGUGCAGCUCUCACGCUGGUCGAUGCCUGUCGUGAACAUCCCAACAUCCACACAGUACAUCUGUACCUAAACCAGCUUACCGAUGUGGGCAAGCAGUCGCUGUAUGUGCGUGGUGGUCCUCGGGUGAAGGAGGGCCGGCGGGUGAAAGUCCUGGCCUCUGUAACAGAGGGUUCGGACAUCUCAGAGGACUGGCAUCCCAUUCUGAGCGUUAUUGGAAAAAAUUCUCUUUCCUGGGAGAGAGACCGUGUACGUGAACAACUGCUGGUCUUCCUGAAAGACCUGGAAUGGGGUCGGAAACAGCACCCGAGUUUCUGGAAAAAGUUGCACUUCCGACGAGUAGAGAGCGUUGUGAGGCAAACUCUGCGCUUAUUGGAAAAGAGCAGUGAUACGGGAACAGGAAAUGGUACAAAAUGAUGCAAUUAUCAUUGAAGCUAAAGGAAUGGGUGUCUAAUUUCACAAAGGGAUAUUUGUUGCCAUGUUUCAGUUUAGUCAGCCUUAAAGGGAUAGUUCACCCAAUAAUGAAAAUUCUCUCAUCGUUUACUCACCCUCAAGCCAUCCCCGUUGUUUAUGACUUUCUUUCUUCAGAUAAACAAAAAUGAAGAUUUUUAGGAAAAUAAUCUACCUCUGUGAGUCUAUAUAAUGCAAGUGAAUGGGUGCCACUUGGUUGACACCACACAGCGAUUGUGACGGUGAUCCAUGCAAAUCCACCGGAUAAAUCAGUGUCUUCUCAAGGAAGACGAUAGGUGUUUUACUCUUUUAACCAGUAUUUGAAGUGGAAAAAAGUGCUGGUACUCUUGCUUUGACUUUGAGUGGUAAAAUACGCAAGAAAAGUGAAGGUACGCUAAAGAUUAAAGUAUAGAAGUGCCAGUACUGCAUACCGGUGUGUACCGGCCCACUUCGAGCACUGCCUUUUAGCUAUAAACAGUUAUUCUCGGCCAUCUGUCUUAGGCGCGUUCACAACUUCAGCUUGACAUAAUUGUAAGUAUCUUGUGAAGUUUGCAUAGGAAGUAAUGCUUAAGCACAGAGGGCGGCCACUUCUCACGCAAGCUUCACAACACACAUCGUGUCAAAACCUCCUUCUCAAGAAUGCUUGUAUCAAAGUAGACCAGAAGCAAUGUUAAGAGAAUAAAAAUAUUAGUAUUUUUACUACACACACCUAUCGUUUCAAAAGACAUUGAUUCAUCCAAUGAGCUCGUAUGGAUUACAUCACGAUAGCUAUGUAUGGUUUUUCAAGCGUCAACCGUAAAUUAUUUUCCUAAAAAAAAGGAAGGUUUUGUGGUUAUCUGAAGAAAGAAAGGCAUAUACAUUGGGGAUGGUAUGAGGGUGAAUAAAUGAUGAAAGAAUUUUCAUUUUUGGGUGAACUGUCCCUUUAAUAUUUCUCUGUGAGUUUGUAAAGGGUUGAUUUUAUUAAUCAUUGUGUUUACAGCAUAUCCAUCUACAUUAGUAUUGGGUCAGGUUGAGAAAACACUGUGACAAAUGUAUUUUAUUUGAUUGUUUGAGGGAAAGGUCAAUAUUUGCUACUUCAGAAUUUGUCAGAUUACUACUUGAAAACUCCUUGUUGCACGAUGGCAAAUGUUGCCAUUUAAAGCCAUUUCCUAUGCAUAUCUGUUCAGGGAUACUUUAGGGUCUCUUGUUAUCAUAUGAAUUAUUUGUUCACAGUUCUGAAACCUUUUUGUGUAUAGUAAAGAACACAAUGUUUGAGUGUCAAAUGGUGCUCUAGACGAGGUUAACCAAGACAAGGCUUUAGAUGCGUAUGCAAUAUUAACAUCUAUCUUUUGCCUUAAUCCAUGAUUGAAAAAAUGUUUGUACUAACAAAUUGUGACUGGAAUUUGCUGUGCAAUAAAAGCAAAAUAAAACUAAAAGUGCUGAUUAAA